UGUCGCACCAGGUCCCAACCGUUUCGGACGCGAGUUCCUCGUGCUGGGAGACCGAGAAAAUUCAGAAGAAAGGCAGAACGAGAGUGACAAAGUUACGCAAAAGGGGAAACCGAAGGAAGCGAUCGAUCCGCCAUCGACUCUAAAAAGAGGAAGUCAGUCGGAGGGAAGAAGAUGGGCAUGAUAACGAGAGUGAGAGGACGCGUCAGAGCGAAUUCCGUAGGAGUGGACAAGGAAAGAACGGCCCAGAGCGUGUGUCUGCUGAGUGCCGUCCUGUUGCUGCCGUAUUGCCCACGAGGCCCUCUUCGACUUCUUCCGUCCCCGGCACCGGCUUUAUAUUCCGUCCUGGUCUUGCCGGUGAUUCUCAGUGCCAACUACAGAUACCCCGUAUCAGCCCUUAAGACUCUGGUAGAAGCUGCGAAAGACGGCGCGAAGACGGCGUGGAAACCCCUGAGGAGCUUCUUGAAGAGACUCUACGCGCCCGUGGACCGCGCCGAGAAUCUCAUUCUGAAGAUGAGGAACGUCUCCAUCAUGGCGAACCAAAUCGUCUUCCUGACCCUGGCCGACAAAGUGCUGGUUCCCCAGCAGAGAAUGACCUGCCUCUACACGCUCAUGUUUUACAACGUGAUAGCCUACUGCGUCAGCUACAUCAAGGAGCUCAUCGAGAAGGAAGACUGGUCCCCUUACGUGACCCUGACCGAGAGAUCGCAGAUCAAACAUCUCGCGAUGUCCACCACGAAGAUCGUCCUCGAAUGGACCAAAGCGGUCACUUUCGUCGUCACCCUAACUUUCAUGUUGCUGGUCUUCGGCCUGGAGCAAGGCCUCCAAAAUUACAAACCAUCGGCUUUUUACACCACGAUCACCUGGCUCUAUUACGCGGCGACGGAGAAGGUGUUCGUCGACAUGUUCCCAGCGAUUCUGAACUUUAUGCAGCUGGAAGUUCUGGAGAACCUCGAGAGUUUGUACGCCCCCGUGAUCCUGAGGUGCUUCACGAUCGCUUCUUCGGCCCUCUUCUCCUUGAUCCUUCUGCCAACGGCGCCGUGGAAGUUCCUCGUAAUAGCGAUCUACCUGAACGUCUUCCUCAGGGGGAAAGACCUCGUUCGAGACUCCGGAGCGGCCCUUAAAAAGGAACGCGAAAUUCUUAGUCGCUAUAGAAAAGCGACCGGCGAGGAGAUCGAGAAGUUCGACGACGUCUGCGCCGUCUGCCUCUAUGCCAUGACGAAGGCUCGAGUGACGCCUUGUCACCAUCUCUUCCAUGCCGACUGUUUGAGACAGUGUCUCAAGACCAGCGACAUGUGCCCCAUGUGCAAAAGGGAAUUGAAGUUCGACUAAACUGGGGUGUCGCUAAAUGGCCGCAUCGUCUUGACACUUAUACCCCGAGAAGAAAAAUUGGUUGAUCGAAACAAAUAUAUAUUGUUGACAUCAAAUUAUUUCGUUGAUUAAACAAAUUUUGUUUACUCAUUCUGACACUUCUUUGAACGUAUUUGAUCAUAGGAUUUUGUUGCAGCAAUGCAUAUUUGAAUGAAAGAAAUUUUUUUUCUCGGGGUACCGAGGAAAGAAAUCUCAGGUUCUUCGGAACGGGCGUCCGCAAAGCUGCAUCUCUUUGGAAAUGCACAUCGAAGUGCGAUUACAGAAAAAUGAUCAACUCCCUAUGAUGGAUGUUAGGGAGUAUGAACGUUUCGUUAUCGAUGAAACGCGCGACCUCUGGAGUCGGGAAACGACUCCUAAAUUAUUGCAUUCCGAGGAUUAAUUAAUGAAUCAUUCGGAUUAUGCACUCGUGCGUUUCUUGGAAUACGCAUUUCGAAAUCAAUGAAACUUUGCUGUAUCUCUUUCGGUAUCGGUUCUGAAAAAGUGUGUUGUCAUGAUCGGCUUUAAUUCGUCGCCGUUGAAUGCAUGUAUUCCUAUAGAUUUAAGUUACUGUGAUACGCAAUCCUUAGUGUACAGAACAUAUGUGAGUUCAAGUAAUUAUCCGAUGUAUUACUCGUUCUAAUCUAUGUUCUGUUAAUUUUUUGGCAUACUACCCUGAAAAACACACCUCUUUGCUUAAUACGGGAAUUUAUUUUAAACACACCGGGAACUUGUGCACCUUUCUCAGCAUUAGACGUUGUAAAUGACAUAGGGUGUGUCUUAUGAACAUAGUUCCGCUGCUAUUUUCGCUGUAUGACUGGUACAUUUUUCAUGUGCUUGUGAAUGAUAUAAAUAUUUGUAUGAUA